AAGCAGUGGAAUACAUGAGUAAAUUAUCUUUAAAAUGGAAAAAAAUAACAAUAAUAAUUACAAAAAAGGUGAUUUUGUGUAAAAUUGGCGGACUUGGCAUAAAAGUUUUUGUCAUUUUUUCUYUUCUUUUGCAUUUGUCUGCUUCUAAAUGGAAGCCAAGCCAUGGCAGUGACCGCAAUUCACAUCUGAGUUUUCACAUCUCCAUUCUUCGUUUCUUCUCAUCAAUCCUCGGAAAAAAAUUUCCCAUCACGUUUCCGAGAAAAAAGUUCAGAGCACUGAAUCAUCUGGAUGAGACGAAGUUCAUCUUCGGAGAUCGACGACAAUGGGAGUGCAAAUGUCGUCCCCGGCGUUCACUCGAUUCGCGAUCGUUUUCCUUUCAAGCGGAAUUCUAGUCACUUCCGUUUGCGAGUCAAGGACUCAUUGGAUCAUGCAGCCUCCCGCUCCCGAUCUCACCAGAGCCGGAUCAAUCGCAAGGGCUUCCUCUGGUGGCUCCCGGCUAGAGGGAAUACGCUUUUCUACUGUGUUGUCAUUUUUGCGGUCUUCGCCUUUGUUACCGGCUCUGUGAUGUUGCAGAGCUCGGUUACUUUGAUGUCCAGCCAUGGAAGUGAAAAGGGGCGGUGGCUUAUGGAGCGUAUUAAGUUUGGGAGCUCGCUGAAGUUUGUGCCGGGGAGGAUUUCGAGGAGGCUGGUGGAAGGUGAUGGGCUCGACGAGGCGCGGAAGAAGGACCGCGUUGGCGUUCGUGCACCGAGGCUUGCUCUAAUCUUAGGAAGCACGGAGAGAGAUCCACAAUCAUUAAUGUUGGUUACUGUGAUGAAGAACAUUCAGAAACUUGGAUAUGUGCUUGAGAUUUUUGCAGUAGAGGGUGGAAAUAAACAUUCAAUGUGGAAACAGAUAGGUGGCCAGCCUUCAAUAUUAAGUCCAGAGCAUUAUGGUCAUGUUGAUUGGUCAAUAUAUGAUGGUAUUGUUGCUGACUCCUUGGAAGCAGAGGGGGCCAUAGCAAGCCUUAUGCAGGAACCUUUUUGUUCUAUACCACUCGUAUGGAUAAUUCGAGAAGAUACACUUGCCAACCGCUUGCCGAUGUACGAACAAAGGGGCUGGAAGCAUCUUAUUUCACAUUGGAAGAGUUCUUUCAGAAGGGCCAAUGUUGUCGUGUUCCCUGAUUUUGCCCUCCCAAUGAUGUAUAGCACUUUGGACAAUGGAAACUUCUAUGUGAUUCCUGGAUCCCCAGCAGAUGUUUAUGCUGCAGAAAACUUCAAAAAUGUUCACUCCAAAAGUCAAUUAAGAGAGAAAAAUGGAUUUAAUGAAGAUGAUAUACUGGUUCUAGUUGUUGGAAGUUUGUUCUUCCCAAAUGAGCUGUCAUGGGACUAUGCUGUGGCAAUGCAUAGCAUUGGACCUCUACUCACAAAUUAUGCAAGGCAAGAAGUAGGAGGGUCGUUUAAAUUUGUUUUCCUAUGUUGCAAUUCAACUGAUGGAUCCCAUGAUGCUUUACAGGAGAUUGCGUCACGUCUAGGACUUCCUGAUGGUUCUAUAACACAUUAUGGCUUAAAUGGAGAUGUCAAUGGUGUGCUGAUGAUGGCUGACAUUGUGCUUUAUGGAUCUUCACAAGAAAUACAGAGUUUUCCACUUCUACUCAUCCGAGCCAUGUCCUUUGGAAUCCCAAUCAUGGUGCCUGAUUUACCUGCCUUGAGAAAUUAUAUCGUUGAUGGUGUCCAUGGAAUUAUCUUCCCAAAACAUGAUUCUGAUGCUUUAUUGAGAGCUUUCUCAGAGAUGAUAUCAGAUGGGAAGCUCUCCAGAUAUGCACAAGCAAUAGCUUCUUCUGGAAGAUUGCUUGCUAAGAAUAUACUUGCAUCAGAAUGCGUUACCAGUUACGCACGGCUCCUAGAGAAUGUUCUGAAUUUCCCAUCAGAUGUUAAGCUUCCAGGCUCUUUCUCUCAGCUUCAACUAGGGGCAUGGGAAUGGAAUUUGUUCAGGAAGGAAACGGUACAAACAAUUGACGGAAAUGAAGAUGCUGAAGAGGGGAUUACAGCAAUAAGUAAAUCCAGUGUUAUUUUUGCUCUUGAAGCACAAUUAACUAAUUUUGUUAACUUAACAAAUUUUUCUGAGACUGGAAAUGGGACUCUGGAGCAAGAUCUUCCAACUCCACAAGACUGGGAUAUUUUGGAGGAAAUACAAAAUGCUGAAGAGUAUGAAACUGUUGAAAUGGAAGAGUUUCAAGAAAGAAUGGAGAGGGAUCUAGGUGCAUGGGAUGAAAUAUAUCGCAAUGCCCGGAAAUCAGAAAAGCUCAAGUUUGAAGCCAAUGAACGAGAUGAGGGGGAGCUUGAAAGGACAGGACAGCCUGUAUCCAUUUAUGAGAUAUACAGUGGUGCUGGAGCUUGGCCAUUCAUGCACCAUGGUUCUUUUUACCGUGGACUAAGUCUUUCCACAAGAGCACUGAGGUUAAAAUCUGAUGAUGUCAAUGCUGUGGGACGACUUCCUCUUCUGAAUGACUCUUACUAUAUGGAUAUUCUCUGUGAGAUCGGAGGAAUGUUUGCCAUUGCAAAUAAGAUUGAUAACAUUCAUAAGAGACCUUGGAUUGGGUUCCAAUCAUGGCGGGCUUCUGGCAGAAAGGUUUCCUUGUGCACAAAAGCUGAAAAUGUUUUGGAAGAGACUAUACGGGACAAGCCUAAAGGAGAUGUUAUAUACUUCUGGGCACACUUCCACGUGAAUGGUGGAAUCAUAGGGAGCAGUAAUGCACCCACUUUCUGGUCAGCGUGUGAUAUCUUGAACGGUGGGCUCUGCAGAACCGCCUUCGAAAACACCUUUCGUGAGAUGUAUGGAUUGUCAGCAAAUAUGGAAGCUCUUCCUCCUAUGCCAGAAGAUGGCGGUUGCUGGUCUGCCCUCCAUAGCUGGGUGAUGCCAACCCCAUCCUUCUUGGAGUUCAUGAUGUUUUCCAGGAUGUUCACCCAUUACCUUGAUGCUCUCAAUAGAAAUCAGAGUCAACCAUAUGGAUGUAUGUUGGCUUCCUCAGAGCUUGAGAAAAAACAUUGUUACUGUCGGAUCUCGGAAAUCCUGGUCAAUGUCUGGGCUUACCACAGUGGACGGAGGAUGGUUUACAUUGAUCCCCACUCGGGUUUCCUAGAAGAACAACAUCCAGUUGAGCAACGCAUGGAAUUUAUGUGGGCAAAGUAUUUCAACCUCACGUUGUUGAAGAGUAUGGAUGAAGAUUUAGCAGAAGUUGCCGACGACGAAGGCGGUUCGAAUAAAAUGGGGCUGUGGCCAUUAACAGGGGAAGUGCACUGGCAAGGGAUCUAUGAAAGAGCGAGAGAAGAAAGAUAUAGGCUGAAGAUGGACAAGAAGAGAACUACAAAAGUAAAGUUAAUUGAGAGGAUGAAAUUUGGAUACAAGCAAAAAUCACUUGGAGGAUGAGAAACUGGAAUAGUUCUGAACCACAAUUAGCCUGCUCAUUCUGAAAGCGCUUCUGACUGCUAACUUGGCUAGUAGUAGAGAUUGAAAGAAAGAGCCUCUCCCCCUCCUCUUACGAUUUGGUACGUAAAAGAAUUCGAGUUCUUUCCGAAUUAUUUCUCACUCUACAGAGCAUUUCUAGGCAACAGAACUGAGGAAAGACAAAGCUGAAACUGCAGCUCGGUUAUUGGAGGCAUUACCAGAGAAUACAAGGUUAUUUUGGCAGACAGAGGUAACUAAAUAUUCUUUGAAAUUCUUUCUUCUAUGUUCAACAUACCUAGUAUAGCAACAAGAUAGGCAAAUUCCUUUGCUGUUGUAGUACAACCAAAAUAGCAAUUAUUAAGCCAAUUUUGGUCACACGUAAUAAUAGAUGCUUUCCACUUUCAGAUA